UAAAUAUCCACACAAUUAAUUUUUAAUAGCUUUAUGCAAACUUUAAAAUCUAGUAUUAAAAAAUCUAAAAUUGGAAAAGUCCCGCAAAUAGGCCUUCGUCUAGUAAAUAAGCUCCAUGAUGGGCACACCUCUGAUAAAUUUUGGAUCGAUUAUAUCGAUUAUGUUCGGAAUCGCGAGAAUUUUAAAAAAUUAAGUCCACAUUCUAAGUGCCUUUUAACAUGUGUUAUUACCAAGUUGGAUAGGAAUUUGGUUAAAAAAACUCGUUCCGACGAGUUACUAGUUUCUAUUUACUCCGACAUUAUUAACGGAAGAUCAGCUCCUUUUUUGAAUUUGGAACUCCUAAACAUGAUUUUGGUUUCAUCAUACACACUUGGGAUUCCACUCUCAAGUCAACAGUUAGAAACUAUCUUAGACUCCGUACACCAGCAUAUCAGUACCAGUAACUUAUUUAAACAUUACAAUUCCGAUAAAAAUUCCGAUUCACCAAAUGAAACUUCACCUGUUAGGAUUGGUAUAGAGGCUAUUGUGAGCAUUUUACAUUCACUUGCAACCUUAGCAAGGAGAUUUCCAUUACAUUUGGGCAGAGUUAGAGAUUCUGCAGCUGUUGAUUUGUUCGUCUUAAAUUUGGAGUCAUUUUUGAAACUACUUAAUCCCAGAGAGUUCUCACUUGUAUUAUUCUCCUUCCACAACCUUAAUCUUAUUAAUAAUAACAGAAACCCAGAGAACGUAUUUUAUAGAGUUGGAAGCGAAAUUCUAGACACCUUUGAUAACCAAACCAUUUCAACUGUUUUCCAUAUCUCAGCAAAUAACCGAAAGUUGCAAGAACUUUUCAAACUUUUCAAGAAAAGAAUUGAUUCCAUAAUCUUGAACAACUAUCCCAAUACUUCUAUCCAUUCUGAUACAAUUACUGACACCAUUAGUCAUGGGAAUUCUGUAAAAUUUACUGGCAGAGAAAGUUGUAACAUACUUUGCGGAUUAAUAAAGACUGGAACUUUAGAAGACUUUCACAAGUCAUUUCUUGCACAGAGCAUUUCCGAUAUGAACUUACAGGAACUUUGUAACCUUUGUAGCCUGCUGAUAUCCAAAAAAUACCCUGUAGAUCUAAAUUUUAAAACCUUAUUUGUCAAUAAACUACAGAAUUUAGACCUAAGUGGGUCUGUAGUUCUGGAUUUUCUGAGUGUUUCAAACUGUUUUCACGAGUGGGAAAUUGAAAACCAUACUGUUCUUGACAGACUAAUCUUGGCAAUAACUACUAACGGCAAUUUUGUAUUCAAUCAGAAGUCGAUUCUACUGUUACACUACCUGACACGGCUCAACUAUUCAAAUUUAAACUCUCUUUUAGCCUUGUUUUUGGACAAAUUCAGAUCGAACCAUGUAAACUCAUCCCAGCUUAUUCUCUUUUACAACUCUAUCAUGAAUAUUUAUUCGGUUAAAUUGAGCGAUAAAGGUUUAGAUUUGGGGAAAGACUCUGGCUUUGAAGUGAUUUUGAAACUUUUGAGUAGGGUUGAAAGUGAAAUACUAGGGUUUGAUUUUAACAAGUUAGGCAAAAUUGACCUGUUUACACUUGGGAAAUCAAGGAAUAUUCUCAUCACUAAGAAAUUACUAAAACAUAUUCAUGACACCGAAAGCGUCAUUGAUAACUUGGAUAUUAUUUAUGCCAUAACUAAGACCACAGAUAGUCCUGAUUUGUGCUCAACAAUCAACUCGUUACUUGCUACAAUAGAUCCUUUGCACUUUUUAAACUCAAAUUACAUUAAAGUUAAAGAUUUUACGAACUAUUUGAAUAUUGUUUCAACUCUGAGAAACCUUGAACUUUUAAAACAAUUGACUCAAACUACAUUGGAUACUGGAAAUCACUUGAACAACUUCAUUAUCCUUUUGGCAAUUUUAAAUUGUUGUAAGAAGUUGCAUUAUUUUGAUUCAAAUGUUAAGGUUCUCAUGAGUAAGUUGGUUUAUUUAUUUUCCCACACACGUUACUUAAAGGACUAUACAAAUUCUAAUACUAAGGCAUCUUUACUAAGUACCAACUUUGAUAAUUCACUGGAUGACUUUCUUAGUGUUCUAUAUCACUUAGAUUACUUUGCCAGUUCCUCAAACUAUGAUAAACAACUAACGCAGUCUUUGCAAAACUAUAUCAAGAAUACUGUAAAUAAUAAUAAAUUUGUUGAAAACAGAAAGGUUGUAAAUUGUAAAAAUGAAUUUGCGAAUUUUGAAUCUGUGCUAUUUAGUUUAUCUGCACUGGUUUUUAAUGCUGUUUUAAGUUCCUCAGCGCUCGUUAUCCACAUUAAAUACUAUUUGUCACAAUCUGGUACCAUUUCACCAACUGUUCUCAAGUGCCUCUCAAUGAACUCGGGAUACCUCGACUUGUUUACAUUAGAGGAACUCAGGCUGAUUGACUCAAUUGAGUUUGAAAGGCGUUCUAACUACAAGAAGGAAGAAAAUUCAGUUCAGACGAGUGUAUUUUCAAUACUUGGAAAAAUGGGUAUAAAAUCAGUACCAGAAGAGCAAGUUUUCGAUUAUUACAUAGACUUGUUAAUAAAAUAAUUUAGUAUUUAUGGAGUUU